AGUGCCGGCGGUAGCGGGGGGAGGGUGGUGUCGGUAUUGCUGCGGGUUGUGUCGGCGGGGUUCGGGUUGUGCUGCGGUGUCACAGCGCAGACCCCUCGGUGCUCGUGUCCCCCGUCCCUUGUGAGGGCUGCCGGUGGGCUCCUCACCUUUUCCCCCCCUGCCCGGCCCCAAACCGCCGCUUCCCCCGCGGGAUGCGGGCGCGUCCCGCCCCGCCAGCCCUGCCCCCAGCCCCGGCCGCAGCAUGAACGCGGCGAGCGACACGUACCACCUCAUAAAAGACAUAAAACCCGGACUGAAAAACUUAAAUGUCAUCUUUAUUGUGCUGGAGAUCGGGCGAGUGACCAAGACGAAGGACGGGCACGAAGUGAGGUCCUGCAAAGUGGCGGACAAGACGGGCAGCAUCACCAUCUCCGUUUGGGACGAGAUCGGCAGCCUCAUCCAACCGGGGGACAUCAUCCGCCUGACCAAAGGGUAUGCAUCUCUGUGGAAAGGAUGCCUGACACUUUACACAGGACGAGGAGGCGAGCUGCAUAAAAUUGGGGAGUUCUGCAUGGUAUAUUCAGAAGUGCCAAACUUCAGUGAGCCCAACUCGGAACACGUCGGGCAGAACAAACUGGCACAGGGUGAACAGAAUAAUAGUACUGCACCAAGUAAUAUGGGUUCUUGUACUUUUGGGACACUGGGAAAUGGUUUACAAACUGGACCCGAGCCUGGAUUUCCAUUUACCUAUAAUCAUGGCCACACUUAUGCAGGUAGUGGGAGAGGCAAUGGACGAGGACCUGUAAAUCCAGCACCAGCUAAUAGUGUUCAGCCUCAUCUCCCUCCUCUCAGUAAUGGGAGGGACCCACGCAGAGCCUUUAAAAGAUGACUAUGCCAAAUGUUGGUUGUACAGCUUGCUUAAAGUCCACACUCUACUUGAACACUUAUUGCACUUUUAUUUAUAGUUAACUGUGAACCAGUUUGUCCUUUACUGUUUGUUUUGGUUUUUUUGGUUUGUUGUUUUUUUUUUAACUUUUUGGUCUGUAGAGCAACCUUGAUGUGAUCUAUUUCUUGUUCUGCAUAGGGAAGUACAGCGAAUCAUCCACAGAAAUUUAAGGAGUUAGGGGAAGAAGUAAGGGUUGAAGAGCCUCAAUUAAAACUCAUUACCCUUUGAUAAAUGGAGGAGAAUUUCAGUUACAUGUAUGUAUUUUUCUGUUUCUCUUGGUCAGCCUUAUAGCCUUAAAAGGUCUGUUAUGUCCUCUGUGUGUGCAAAGGUUGGUUUCCAGUAGGGUUCAUGGGAAUUCUUUGGCUUGGAAGAGAAAUGAAGAGGAAGAGCAAAGAUGCUCUGAUCAGCUGGGUGUCCUUGGAAUGAAUAUUAGCUUGUAAAAGCAAUAGGUGUAAGGAAAUGGUGAUGUCAGCACCUAGUGGUGUCUCCUGAAUCAGAGAAUGGGUAUCUCAGAUGAAAGUUAGAGACAUGGUGAGUGUCUUGAAGCUUAAAUACUGAUUCUGAGAAGGUGCCCACUAAAUAAAAAUUCUCCCUGAACAUCAUUAUCACUGUCAAGGAAAGUGACAUUGACUUUUGCUUUGGAUGCAAGCUUGGAUAUCUGUUCUUGCUUUGCAUGAAACAGGAGAGGAGGCUCUGAAUUCAGCCAGUGUUGAGGAACACACUGUUCAUAGCCACUCCUUGUGUAUGGGCCCAGGGUUUCAUUGCAGGAGUGUGAAUGUCCAGGAAAGAACUGUUCUCAAGUGCUGCAUUACCCACUCUUCAGUGAGGCUGUGCCUACCUUUUCCUUCAUUCACUUUUCCAAACAAGUUGUGUGUUAGAUGAAGCUUUGUAUGUGGAUUGCAGAGGUACUGUCCAAGCACACAGAUGCAUUUCUGAUGCUGUUAAGCUGCUAAGUUUUCCUUCUUCUCUUUUCUAUGAAAUACAAAUUAUCCCCUAAAGAACUUAGCCCCGUCACUACUAUCUCCUGGGGGGAAAAUAGCUGCAGUUUUCUUUCUGAGAUCACAAAUGCCUUGACUCUAGGUAGAGUCCAGUGCCAUAUUUCAGAUCAGGUUCAAAACCAACUUGGAAGCUUAGAUGUCAUACUGGGUUCAUCUGUUUAACCGGUCUUACAGCUGACCUCUCAAAUAAAAAGUUGCACUAACCAUUUAAAAAAACAAAUCUUUCUUUCUGUCAAGCCAUAAAGACUUCAUGACUAAAGGCUAUUUCUUGAAUUGUGAGUUGUCUCUGUUGCUCAUGUUAAUUGUAUCUACUACUGUGUCACUGAUGUUUACAAGUUACAUUUGAUACUUCUGCUUUUGGUACUCCUGUGGUGAUGAGUUGUUGAAAAUUGCUUCUGAUUGGCAACAGUUCCUUGCUUAGUCUGAAAUACUGAACUCUCUUUUUAAUGCAAGCAGCAGCAACAACAAACUUCUGAAGGGAGGUUGAGAGAGACUUGUGUGCCCAGAUUCCUGUGGGCUUUUUUGCCUCUGCUCUGGUGAAGCUGUCUCCUGAUCCCUGCUUCCAGGUGGACCUAGGGAAACUUGUCUUGGACACGAGAGGGUGGCAUGCCCCACGAGAUCCCCCACGGGUGCUGGUCCAGAAGCAGAGUGCUAACACGUGAACCAGAAAGCAUGCAGUGGCUUCUGGGGAGAUGAUGUAAGGAGGUGUUACUCAGGGACUUAAAAAACUGCUUAUUUAAAGGAGUCAUGUGUAGUCUAGCUUGAUGGACAGCCUCUCAUGCAGUGCUGCAUGGAGACAGGUGACAUGGAAAGGAAGCCAAGAGGGCUGGGACAUCUGUGAUGUGUGUGUGACAUGUUCCAGAGGUACAAGAGGUGUAAGUAUGGUGUGGGUUUCCUGUAGUAGCUGUAGAGGUAGCAAGUGAGCAGUGCAAGUGUUGGCAUGCUGGGGACCCCACACUUGUUGGGGUGUCUCCACUGGGGGUCUCCAAUCCUGGUGGUCUUGGCUUCUCUACUGUGUAAAGGAGGUUGUGACUGGGGAAAGCUCUGUGUCAGUGUGUGCUGAGGUGCCUGAUGUUUUUGUAGCUCUAUGCAUUUCAGCUUUUGUUAAGCUAAUAAACAGAAUCCUUGUUCACAAAGUCCAAA